AUGUCACAAAAAAAAGAAAGCCUUGGUGAAAAAGAUCCUUCGGUCUUUCCUGAAAUAAAAAAAAUCAUUGAAAAUAUCACUAAGGAAUAUGGCGAAGGCACCAUUACUACUUUAGGAAAAAGUAAAUUAAAAGAACAAAAAAUUCUGUCGACGGGCAGCCUUCUUCUCGACCAGGCAAUUGGAACAGGAGGAUAUGUUUGUGGAAAAAUUGUAGAAAUUUUUGGCUUGGAAUCAAGCGGUAAAAGCACCUUAGCCUUACACGCUAAUGGUUUAAAUAUCAAAUAUGUCCAAAAUAUUGGAGUAGAUAAAGAGAAUUUAAUGAUUUUGUAUCCUAAUAGUGCGGUGAAAACUUUUGAAAUGAUUAGGGAUUUAAUUAGAGAAGGUGUUGACUUAAUAGUAGUGGACUCGGUUUCUAAUUUAUCUCCCCAAGUAGACGAUUUAGAAAAAUAUAAAAUUGGUUCGCAUGCUUUAUUGAUGUCGCAUGGACUAAGAAUAUUGAAAAAUGAAUUAACUAAUAAAGACACCAUUAUCAUUUUUAUUAAUCAGAUUAGGAAUAAAAUUUCCACUGGUUUUUAUGGUGGUAAUCCGGAAACGACUACUGGCGGAAUGGCUUUAAGGUUUGAUUCCGACUUACGAAUUAAACUAAAAAGAACCAGCAAAAUUGAAAAAAAUGACAAAUUAAUUGGUAUUGAGGUGGAAGCCUUGAUAAAGAAAAGUAAAAUAGGGGAACCUGAAAAAACUGCCAAUUUAGAGAUAAUUUUUUCCCGAGGCAUUCAAAAGGAGCGAGAAAUUAUUGAUUUAGCCACCGAGUUAAACAUUAUUCAAAAGAGUGGGACCUGA